CUCACAGGAGAGUGGUCCCUUCCAAACGGGGCUGGUGGCGUCAGGGCGAUUUGCCCGGUUGCUGGUAUAAAUUAUGCUCCCCUCCCCCCGACUCCCCUACACCUCCAGUUUGCUGUUGUUGAUUCCAUCCCACGACUCUUCUUCUCCACUUUCAAUCCGUCUUCAAUCGUUCGAUACCGCUUUUUAAUCUCCUCACCUUCACCUUCAAUCAACCGUCUCAACCCAAUCAAAAUGAAGUACAGCACUGCCCUCUUCAUUGCUGCCGCGGUGGCCACCGUCAAUGCCCAGCUCGAUGGUCUCCCGACCUGUGCGACUGCCUGUGCCAUGUCCAGCCUCGGAUCCACCGACUGCAGCGACACAAACUUUAAAUGCAUCUGUGGAAAGGAGGAUUUCCUUUCCAGCAUUUCCGGUUGCGUCAACAGUGCCUGUAGCGUCGAGGAUCAGAAGAAGUCACUGGUGUUUGCUCAGGACUUCUGUUCGAGGGCCGGUGCCCCAAUCCCUUCGGCCGUAAUCGCCUCAUUGACCGCUACCGCCUCGUCUACCGCCUCCGCCAGCGGAUCCCGUGCGUCCGGCGUCUCCGCCUCGGCCACCGCCGUCUCCUCGGCCCUCUCCUCCGCCGCCGCUGCUGCCGAGACGGGUGCUGCCAGCAAGUUUGGUAUCUCGGGUCUCGGUCUCGGUGCCGCCGCCGCCGCUUUAUUCUUGUUGUAAUCGGUUCAUAGUCAUUAGCUCUUUUUCCGGGAGGUUAGGGAAGGCAGGGACAUUAUGGUUCGUUAGACAGUCGUAUUAGCAAAAUUGUAUUGUAACCAAUAACGGCAAGAAUGAUUGUUGCCUUUGUCUGCACAUCGGUUUCCUUUUUGCGUCGUGAAGCAUAUCCCGCGUAGCCAAUCAUUGUCCUCCGUC